AACAAAAGCGAAGACCUCUUAACAAAAUUUAUUAGAAAAAAAAUGAAAGCUAGCCGGGGGCUGUCUUGCUCGUUUACCCGAAGCCACCAAAACGGAAACAGCCCUUUCUCUUUCUUUUAGUUUCUCUCAAUGGCAGUCGAACAAAUCCGACCCAAAUAAUUGCCCGUUUGGUUUUCCCUUUCUCAAUCAAAUGGACUCUCCUCAGCCGCCUUCAAUGCGGGUCCUGACCCGCCCACCUCCUUCACCUAUACCCACUUCCACUUCGGACCCUACCCCUCCGUUACCGCCCUCCUCGCCUUCACUCCCCCGCUCUCUCGACGGCGUCGUGGUGGUGGGCUUCAUAUCUCGGAGACCCGACGAUUCUUCCCAGCUCAUUAACAGGGUUAUAGACUUUAAUGUGUUCGGGUCAGGUCAAAUGGACCUGGUUUUGUCCCUUGACAAAGAUGAACUCAAGGAUUGGUUCAAGCAUAGAAGAAUUAGUUACUAUCAUGACGAAGAUAAAGGGAUUUUGUUCUUGCAGUUUUGUUCAAAUGGGUGCCCAGUUUUUGAUGGGUCAUUGGGUUCAAGUUUGGAUUUUGGUGGGGUUUUGGAGGAACGCGAGUUCGGUGAUCUUCAAGGCUUGCUUUUUAUGUUUUCUGUCUGCCAUAUAAUCAUAUAUAUUCAGGAGGGUUCACGUUUUGAUACUCAAAAUUUGAAAAAAUUCCGGGUGUUGCAAGCAGCUAAGCAUGCACUAAUCCCAUAUGUAAAAUCUCGAACAACACCACCAUUGCCACUGAGGCCUCAUUCUUCCUCACCUUCUCGGUCUUCAACAAAAGUAAUCACUGCCAGCACUUCUCCAGGUAGAAGUGGUGGCAUGUUGGGUCGCAAUGCUUCAGCUAUCUCUCUCUUGUCAGGUUUAGGUUCCUAUACUUCUUUGUUUCCUGGGCAAUGUACCCCAGUGACACUAUUUGUUUUUAUUGAUGAUUUCUCUGAUGUACCAAAUUUGACUUCUAAUAUUGAGGAGUCGGUAGAGACGUCCUCACUUAACCAUGCUUCUAGUUCAAGCAGUUUAGCUAGGCCAACCUUUCCCAUGAAAGGUUCUUCCUCGGUAGUAGUGUUAGCACGUCCUGUAAGUAAAUCUGAAGGUGGUUUCCAGAAGAAACUGCAGUUAUCCCUAGAGGCACAGAUCCGUUUUUUAAUUAAGAAAUGUCGAACACUCUCAGGUUCAGAAGGUAGCCACAGUGGUUCAAGAAGUGCAGGUGUUUCAAAUUCAGCCCCUCUGUUUUCACUUGAUGCAUCCAGGUCUGUUGUGCUGCUAGACAAGUCAACAAAUCAGCUUGGCGAAUCUCUGGAGUUUGCCACUGGUCUUAUGGAAGAUGUUUUGAAUGGAAAAGCAACUUCGGAUUCGUUUUUGCUUGAAACUCAUGGUCAUAGUUCAAACAAAGAGGAUCUAUCAUCUUUGAAGGAUUUUAUAUACAGGCAGUCAGAUAUUUUGAGGGGAAGAGGGGGAUUGGUUGCUAACACCAACAGUGGCCCUGCUGCUGGUGUUGGUAUGGUGGCUGUUGCUGCUGCUGCUGCUGCCGCCUCAGCUGCCUCUGGGAAGACAUUGAUUACGCUUGAACUCCCAACUUUAGAUAUAUGGUUGACUUCCAGUCAGCUUAUUCUACAUGGACUACUCUCGGCGAAGCGUGGGUGUAUAGAUGAAACUGAAAUGGGUAAAAGAAAACCUUGCCGAAAUACCAUUACUGGACAGACUGAAGGGAUUGCUUCUAGAAGCAGUGAAUCUCUAGAUUUUGCAGUAUCUUGGUUGGAAAGUGGUAAAGGGCUUAACACAAAGUUUUCUAGUUUGUGGUGUGAAAGGACCCUUCCAGCUGCAAAAGAUAUUUAUUUGAAAGACUUACCUGCUUUUUAUCCUACAUCACAGCACGAAGCUCAUUUGGAAAAGGCUUUGCGUGCUUUUCACUCAAUGGUCAGGGGACCUGCAGUGCAACUGUUUGCAAAGAAGCUGGAGGAAGAAUGCACAUCAAUGUGGAAAUCUGGAAGGCAACUUUGUGAUGCUGUUAGUUUGACAGGAAAACCAUGUAUGCACCAAAGACAUGAUGUUGAGACUGAUGGGUUGCCUUCAGGAACUUUGGUGAAAUCUCAUUCAAGUGGAUAUGUCUUUCUUCAUGCCUGCGCUUGUGGUCGGACACGGCAAUUGCAAUCUGACCCGUUUGAUUUUGAAUCGGCAAACAUUACUUCCAAUUGCUUUCCUGACUGCGAAAAGCUUCUUUCAAUGCUCCAGCUACCAGAAGUAUGCAGCAAAGGACCAAUUCAGCCGUCUUCCUGGAGUUUGAUUCGUAUUGCCAGUGCAAGGUACUAUGAACCUUCUAAAGGCUUACUUCAGAGUGGGUUCAGUACCACUGAGAAGUUUCUUUUAAAGUGGACAAUAUUUUUAGAGAAACAGAAACCCCCUAAUGUCUUAUCAGGAAGAACUAUGCAACUAAGUUCUAUGGGUAGGUCAAGUACAGAUCCCAAGGCUGAGUUUAAUGCUGAUGGUCAGCUAAAGAAGGCUAGUGCCUCAGAGUUCUGCUGUGGAGAAAUACAGAGUGCUGUUGAAAAUCCAAGAAAACCCUUGCAAAUCAGCAAGUUCAAUGGUAACAAUAUCAGUUUUGGUAGAGGCCUUCCCAAUUUCACUAUGAAAAAACCCUUUUCAGAGGUUGUUGCUGGCUCAGCUGCUACAGAUUCAGGAUUCCCUCCUCUUCAGCAGAGGAAACAACCUUCAUCAGGGUCAGAAAAAGGAAUGAAGAAAAAUAAGGCAAGUGAUCAGAUUUUGGAAGGGGUUCAUUCAAGUGUUGAUCAAGGAUCUAAAAAACUCAUACAGGUUUCAUCUGUUCAGCAAAGCUUAAAUCGAGUAAGUUCUGAUGGCAGCACAGAUAAUAAUCCCUUUUUACAGAUAGGCAGUUAUGUUGUUCCUGUGAAUGUGAGCAAUGAUGAAAAGGCAAAAUUGAAUCCUGACAUCAAGCAUGUGAUGGCAUAUGUUGGUUUUGAGCACGAAUGCCCUCAUGGCCACCGUUUCUUAUUGAACCCAGAGCAUCUCAGCCAACUUGGGUCCCCAUAUUCAUCAUUUGAAGAAUCUCAAAUUGCUUGCUCUGUGGAAACUUCAGACUACUUGUUGGCAGAUUCUUCAAAGGUGGGAAAGACUGGCGGUCAGGGUAAAGUUGAUCGGAAUACAAAUGGCACUAUUGCUGCUGCUAAUCCUUUAAAUAAGAUGAAAAACAAGGACAAGGAAAAACAGGUAGUGGCAAAUGGUAAUGUCUUUAAAGAUGGGCCGACACAACUUUCUAUGCCUGAAAAGGACCAUGAUCAGACAUUUGUGAGUGUGGCAGGUGUGCCUGUCGCUAUAAAAGACCUUGAAACAGGCUUUCAUUCUGUUAGCCUUGAUGAUGGUGGAUCCCCUUUCUCCAUGUUGAAUAGAGAUUUACCAAUAUACAUGAACUGUCCAUACUGCAGGUCUGCCAGGAAUAAAAAGGAUCCGCCUAAGGUUAAGUUUGCUAGCUCAAUAUCACAGCUUCAGAGAAUUUUUCUGGUCACACCUCCCUUUCCUGUUGUUCUGGCAACUUGUCCAGUUAUACGAUUUGAGGCAUCGUGCUUACCCUUGUCAGUUCCAGACCGCGAACAAAAGUUGCAGUUCAGCCUUGGAUGUAAAGUGAUCUUACCACCAGAGAGUUUUCUUGUACUGAGACUACCAUUUGUAUAUGGUGUACAACUGGAGGACCAAAGCGUGCAUUCUCUUAACCCCUUUGAAGAUAAACCUGAAGGAACUGGUUGGAUUGUUAGGGGCACAACAUUGCAGCUUAUGUCCAAAGGAAGUGGUCUCAAUGAGGGAUUUUAAAAAUAGUUGAAGCCACAGAACCUAGAAUUGGCUAAAAUGGAAAUUUACACAAAUGAAGAGUCUGCAGAGGCAGAGUUGUAUGACCAGCUCUAUCUAGAGUCAGGACAAGGAUAUCUCUGUAUUACCAUCAUGGUGCAUAUGGUAAUUGGUGAAAGUUGAUAAGAAGGCAGAGGUGAAUCGAGAAUGUUUAGUCAUUUUCAGCUUGUGGUUGGAUUGGUCUUGGCUUCAAGCAUGCUGUGUUGACUUUAGUAGAACUCUACAAAAUAUGGUGGAGCAACUUCAAAAUCUCAUGCAUGCACCUGCUUUUGCAUCUUGGGGAACUAGCUACGUCAUGGUGAAAGAGUUUCAUGGUUGUAGACAUGCUACUUGCCCGAAAUCAACAACUAGAAGCUUGUCUUAUCCCCUGUUCACUUAUUCCACCAUUAAAAAAAAGGGUGAAAAUAGGGGGGCUUCAAAAAACAAAAAGUUGUAAAUGGGCAGACACAGAUUUAUAAUGGGGCAGCUGCCUGCCGCUGAGAUAUUAAAAAACCUUUUCGGUAGUAUUAUAUAACUAGGAUUGAGUUUAAGAAAAAAUUUACUGUCCUCACUGUAA